AUGGGCCCCUGUACCGCCUCCUCAUGCUGCUGCCAGGCCCGUAAUCUGCCAUGGGCCCCCGUACCGACUCCUCAUGCUGCUGCCAGGCCCGUAAUCUGUCAUGGGCCCCCUGUACCGCCUCCUCAUGCUGCUGCCAGGUCCAGAGUGUGUCAUGGGUCCCUGUACGGCUGCCCAUUGCUGCUGUCUCCAUCGCCACACUCUGCCAUGUGCCACUUUCAGGUCUCCUCACACUGCUGGUGGGUUCCAUUUUUGUCAUAGGGUGCUGUAUGGCCUCCCAUUGCUGCUGCCUCCACCGCCACACUGUGGCUCCAUACUCUGGUUUUGGCCCCGUGACUGCCCAAAUGAGUGAAGUGUGCGGUGAUUCUAAGAUCGACGGCACUCAUCUGCAUGUCAUACUGACUGACAGUAUUAUUUCUCUUCCCCAGCAGACUCCAAGGGCAUUUAAAUUAAAGUUACAGUGUUCUGCACUAAUAUAA